AUGGAUACACCAAUUUUUGAAGAAGCAUUGUACGGCAGUGCUUAUGACAUGAGGGAGGAUUCUAAUUCCACCGACGUUAAUGUUCUGUGUUUGAGUGAAGAUGACACACCACAUGGAAAAGAAUCUGAAGACGCUAUUCAGAAAAAGGAUGAUGCUACGGUCCCGGAUCACACUGGAAUUCCAAUGGAGGAAAUCUCGUACGUAGGAUUGAGAUUUAAUUCGUUACAGCGAGCACAAGAGUUCUAUUCUAAUUAUGCAAAGAAAGUUGGGUUUGUGACGAGGAUUAGGAAUACAAACUUUGACAAGACCAGGAAGGAAUUAAAGGUACCUAUUAAUCAAUCGAUACACUGUAAUCGUGAAGGUUAUCGGGAGUCUCGAGUGAAGGCAGCAAUGCGGGUAAAGAGAAUAACAACAGUUGGGUGCAAAGCAAGGAUGUACGUGAUGCUUGAUAGGCAUAAUGAUAAUUGGCUGGUGACCAAAUUAGAAUUGAAGUACACCCACGCGUGUUCUGCCGAGCAAGCUGUGCAUUAUAGUGAGUACAGGAAACUGACCAUGCAUGCUAAGUGUGUGAUUCAGAACAAUGAUGAGGCUGGCAUACGGCCUAACAAGACUUAUCUCGCACUGGCGAACGAGGUUGGUGGGUCAUCAAAGUUGGGUUACUCAGAAAAGGAUGUUAGGAACUACAUAACGAGGAAUUUGCACUGUGCUGAUGUAAACGAAGAUGUGAAGGAAAUGAUUAUAUAUUUCAUGCGAAUGAGAGAUAUUAACCCGAAUUUCUUCUAUGCAGUUGACGUGGACGAAACUAACAAGUUUAAGAGUGUGAUAUGGGUAGAUGCAAGAUGCAGGGCAUCAUAUGAAUAUUUUGGAGAUGUGGUAUCGUUUGAUACAAUGUACAGAAGGAACAAGCAUGGACUUCCGUUUGCAUCUUUCGUUGGUGUCAACCAUCACGGCAAGUCCACACUACUCGGAUGUGCUUUGUUGGGUAAUGAGGAAAUUCCUAGCUUUGAGUGGGUCUUUAAAAACUGGUUAAAUUGCAUGGAAAAUCCCCCACAGGCCAUCAUCACGGACCAGUGUAAAUCCAUAUUUGGCGCAAUUAAGAAUGUCUUCCCAAAUACUAGACACCGAUGGUGUAUAUGGCACAUAAUGAAGAAGAUACCACAUAAGCUCGGAGGAUAUGCUAAAUACAGGGAAAUAGAUGAUAAAAUGCAUGGCACUGUUUGGAAUGCCCGUUCUGAAGAGUCUUUUGAGAAAGAUUGGUGUCCAUUCGUAUGUUUGGAAGGUUCGGUUUUUACUUUACUCGAUUUCAGCCCCCGUUGUCAUCGGAUGAUUGACCUUUACGAAGAUCGUCGAAUGUGGGUUCUAAUAUAUUUCCAAGGUGAAUUUUGGGCUGGUAUGAGAAGUACCCAACGGAGUGAGAGUAUGCACGCCUUUUUCGGUGGUUACCUGCAUUGUAAAAGUGGAGUGGUUCAGUUCGUGCAUGAGUAUGACAAUGUGCUUGGGAACAAAGAGCAAAAAGAACUGGAGGAUGAUGCUGCAGACUCUAAAGGAGUUGUCCCAUACACAGUACCAUCUUACUAUGUUAUCCCUCGAUGGAGCAAGAAUGUACAGCGAAAACACACUUUCAUCAAGAGCAGCCAUGACGAGAAGCGAUCAGACGAAAGUCACAACUUAUUUAGACGACUGUGUUCACACUUCUACAAUGUAGCACAAGAUUUUGUGACAUGUGAAGAAGAAGCGGCCAUGUUACAUUCGGGUCUUGAUCAGUUAAGGUCAAAGUUGCUUGAUUGUCGUGCGAACUUGGUGUCCAGGCGUGUUCCAAGUUCACAAAAUAGCACGGUCACACAGGGCGACCCCCCUUCUUGGUGA